AAAACAAUGCUAAAGAAAAAAAGAAGAAAAGAUGAUAAAUUAUGGGAGUGACUACCCUGGCCCACCUUUUUCUGCUUCAGAUUCUUAGAAAGAUAACUAAGAAAAUAGGCUAACAAAAGUAUCUUCUGUUUGCAGAGCCAAUGGAACAAAGCUGCAAAUGACUGCGGAACAAAUGGCCAAAGAAAUGUCAGAAAUGUUGUCUAGAGGUCCUGCAGUUCAGGCUACAAAAGCUGCUGCUGGUGCUAAGAAGCAUGAUCUGAGUAAAUGGAAAUAUGCAGAGCUUCGUGAUACCAUCAACACAUCUUGUGAUAUUGAACUAUUGGCGGCUUGCAGAGAAGAGUUUCACAGAAGGCUAAAGGUCUAUCAUGCUUGGAAAUCCAAGAACAAGAAACGCAAUGCAGAAGCAGAACAGCGUGCUCCCAAAUCAGUCACAGACUAUGAUUUUGCACCAUUUUUGAACAACUCAACUCAACAGAACCCAACAGCUCAGCUACCAAUGAGGCAGCAGGAGAUUGAAAUAAAUAGACAACAGCGUUACUUCCGCAUUCCCUUCAUCCGUCCCAUGGACCAAUAUAAAGAUCCCCAAAACAAAAAGAAGGGUUGGUGGUAUGCACAUUUUGAUGGGCCGUGGAUUGCUCGACAGAUGGAACUUCAUCCUGACAAGGCACCCAUUCUCCUUGUAGCUGGUAAAGAUGAUAUGGAUAUGUGUGAGCUUAACCUUGAAGAGACUGGCUUAACUCGAAAGCGAGGUGCUGAAAUUUUGCCGAGACAGUUUGAAGAAAUCUGGGAGCGCUGUGGAGGUAUCCAGUACCUGCAAAAUGCAAUUGAAAGCAGACAAGCUCGUCCUACGUAUGCUACAGCUAUGCUGCAGAACCUGUUGAAAUAAAUGGUCAUUUUGCACCGCGGCAUUCAUGAUGAGAACCCUUGCCCGUGAUACAAAGGGAAGAGCUCCUCUGUGCAACAGAGGACAUAAUGUUCUUUAAUCAUAUUAGAGAUGUUUAAUAUAAAGUGAACAGAUUUUAUUAAUCAUGUGGUUUGUUAAUUUGUACUCUAUUAUGUUUAAUUUGUGUAGUCAGCUUCACUAGGUAUGAGGACCCUGAAGAAUUUUCAGUCAGUGUAGGUUGUAGCAUUAUGUUUAUACACUGCAUUUUUCUUAGCAGUUUCUGUUACAACACUUAACACCUUUAAAUGAUCUAUCAAUAGUUGGGUACAAAGAACGGCAUCGCAACCAUCGUUUUAUAAAAUUCCCUCUUCAAAAUACUAAAUAGCGGGCUUUAAGUGGUGGACUAGUAAAGAGUAUAUGCUGUAUCUCAUAACUGGAAUUGUGGGGCCUUAGCUUUGACUUCUGUUCUGGAGAAGUUGGAGUGUACUUUUAUAUAAUCUGAGAUAUUUUAUGUCCUGAUUUGAAAAGAGGUUAGUGUCUGUUUUUACUAACUUUUUCUGAAAGUGAUGGGAAAUCCUUCUAUACUUGAGACUCAUAACUUCCUACUGUUUCUGUUACUGUUCUGUUACUGUUCCUACUGUACUCUGUUUUGGUUUAAGAGAAACAUUUUUUUUCUGUGCAUUCUGAGAAGAGAAUUCAUGUAUGUCAAUAUUGAGUAAUACUGUACACAAAGAAUGUACUGCUCAUUACACCUUAUACCACAUAUUUUUGUUUCUUUUUUUUUUCCUUUUGAAUACAAAUAUCAUUUUUUGACCAAAUUUCUGUUAAGAAAAUAUGUCCAUUCUUGGACAACUCACUUAUCCAUGUAGUAUAAUUUAAAUAUACAUGCAAAAUUGUCCAAGACUUGUAUCUGGAGGCAGAUAAGGAUAGCAUAAGGGAAAUCUGGUCAGCUUCUGGAUGGUAAUGUAACUUAACUGAACACUGAGACAUGUUUAUUUUAAUUGCAAUGAGAUGCACAAAGUCUGUACCUUUGGUUAGAUACUGUAAAAAUUUGGCCAGUAACAUAAUGCAUCAUCUACGUGCUGAUGAAUUAGCUACAAUUUUUAAUAUAUUAGGCUGUUGCAGUCAUUCAGACACUGAUCUUUAUCUUGAUCUCCUUUGUCAGUGUCCUAGCUUGUUACAGUUCCUUAAUUAAGCAGUGAGAGAUUUUAUGGAUAGGAAUUACUAAUUUCAUUCAGUUUCAAGAUGGAUCCCAUCUACUGAUGUGAUUAUUUCAUCAUGCUGGCCAUUAUUUGAACAAAGGCUUAAUUAUAUAUUAUUUCUCUGUUAAGAACUGGAAAUAUAAGGAACCUGAUGUCCCAUUACUUAUCCAACCUGACACAAAAAUGAAACCUUGCUUUACAAAUUGACAGCUUGCUCACAGUACAAAAUAAUUUCCUUUCAGUUGAUUGUGUUUGAAACCUUUUGAAAAAUGUUUAUAAACUUUAGUUUAUAAUCACAUAAAUACAUAAAAGUCAUUAAUGACUUCCAAGAGGUACAGUUUUGUAGCACAGUCAGAGGAAGCUCAUGAUGCGUGUCCUCGUUGACUGUAAAUUAUGCUUGCAUGCCUGUGUCUAAUUAUUAUUACAAAUGCACUCCUUACUGUAAUACAUGCAAAGGUAUUUGAGUAACACAUUAACUCUGUAUGAAUUGGCCACAUCAGGGAACUUCAACUUCCAUACCCAUUCUGCUUUUUGAUCAUGUGAUUGCAAACUGACAAAUGUGUUUUCUUUUUACUGAAAACGCCCUCUAAGCUGAAGCAGUAAUUUUCGGCUGGAAGAUGAAAGGAGAAUUGACUAGCAAGUUGUGUGCAGAUCUGUACAAUGUUACAUGACUUUCAAGGUACUUCUUUUGAAGCAUUAUUGAAUUGGAAUGAAGGUUUCGGAACUUCCAGUCUCCAAAAACUUAAAACUGCAAAAGCUUUGACCUUAUAUUUGACACAAGGAAAAGAAAAUCACUGAAUUGAUAGGGCUGAGAAGCCCUGUCUUACAUUUAUUUCUAUCUGGAUUUAAAUUCCCAUUCAGGCUCAGAUUAUAUAUAUAAGGUAGAUCUUAACGAGACUGAACACUAAGCAAAGAACCUCAGUACUUAAGUGUGUGUGUGUGUGUGUAUGUAUAUACACAUAUAUAUACUUAAAUGCCUAAGUAUGUAUGUGUGUAUGUAUAUAUAUGUAUCUGUAUAUAUAUAAACGUAACCGUGGGGAACUCUAAAUAAAAUCAUUAACUUAAUUGUUCCAAUCUGUUCCUUUCAUUAUGCCAGUAUUUCCUUGACUGAGGCUGUUUCUUGACAGUAAGUUGCUUACAGACUGGUACUGGAAGGAAACUUUAUUUUCCUGAUUUGAGCGUAUGGGAAUUUGUGUUAGUUAUAUGAUAAACGAAUAUUAGGUAUUGGACUAUAAAGUAGUGGAAGAGGAACUGGUGGCUGGAUGUUUUCAGUUUACAUGUUCCCCAUCUCUGCAUUGGUUGAGCAGUGUGCUCGAGAAGAUACAUUCCAUAAAUCAGGGUAUUCUAGUUUGCACAGCAGCAUGCCUCUGUUCAUUCUGUAUCAAAACAACGCAAUUUUAGUUUUUGUCAA